CAGGAUGCAGCCGACGAGGCAACGCUGCGCCAGUUCGAUCUGGACAGCCGCUUUGGGCCCUGCUCUGGCAUCACGCGGCUAGAGCGCUGGGAGCGGGCAGUUGAGCUGGGGCUGGACCCACCGGCAGAGGUGCCGCAGCUGGUGCGGCGCCACGGGACCAAUAGCCUGUUCAACAAAGACCUGUUC